ACAUGUUGGGUUCCCCCCUCCGCCUCCACUCCCUCCCAUCGACUCUUUUUCUCCUUCGUUCCUCGCCGCCGGGGCAUCUUCGCGUCUUCCUUCAGGUGGGCUGAUCCAAAGAGGGGAGGGCAUGGCAGAAAGAACAGCCCCCCAAAAGCCCUUCUCGCUUCUGGCCACAGGCGCGGGAUGGGCCCGAUCCCUGGGCCAGGCGCUGGUGGUUUUCUGGAGCAACCAGUACGCUUGGCUUCUCGGGGUGCCAGGCCUCCGUCGCGCUUACCACCUGUGGCUGGCCUCCGUGGUCAUUUUUGGGCCGCUGCUUCAGUUCUACGUCAAUCCCCGGGCCAUCUUUGCCAACCAUCACAACUUCUUUAACAUAAAAUUUGUCAGAUCUGCCUGGGGCUGGACCUGCAUUUUCCUCGGUGGCUUCAUCCUUCCCGUGGUCUACCUGGCCACCCACCAGAUCCUGCUCACCUUCCGCCACUUGGCCCGCUUGGCAGUGGGCGCCGGGCUCUGGCUCGGUGCCACAGAAGCUUUCCUGCUGAUUGAGAACCUAACCGGCUACUGCUUCGACCCCGUGCCGGAAGGGAUCCUGGUUAACAGCCUGCCGGACAAGUGGACGUGCCUCCACAAAGGCCACAAAUGGCACGGCUACGACGUCUCGGACCACACCUUCCUGCUCACCUUCUGCUGCCUGCUGAUGGUAGAGGAGAUGGCCAUCUUCCGGCGUUACCUGGCACAGGGCCACCCCGCCGGAGUCCCACUGCGCCUCAUUUUCCUGCUUAACAUCCUCCUCCUCCUCCUCUGGAACUUUCUGCUAGCGUGCACGGUGGUUUACCUCUACGACUACAGCCACAAAGUCGUGGGAGCUGCCAUCGCCACCCUGUGCUGGUUCCUCACCUACCGGUGCUGGUACCGCUGCCCGUGCUCCCCGGGGAGACCCGGCGCCGGCCUCUUUCUCCGGGGAAUCCCGAAAGAGGCCACGAGGCAGAAUUGAAUGUCUGCCGAAAGUCGGAGCGCUCCGUCAGUGGGCCCAAAUAAAGGGAGGA